AAAAAAUAAAGACAUGACCACGUGUUAUCAGACAUGCGCACGGUCACACUGGAAUUCCUGACCUUUUUCUCUAUCAGUACAAUGCUGCACGAACCUCCUUUUUCAUCACCAUCAUGGCUUAUAUUAUUAUUGCACCCAAUGAUCCCCUCAAUCAUGCCAUUUAUAAACUUCUUCCCCUCCCACUCCUCCUCUGCAACUGCAACCAACAUAACUACCUUUCUCUCUAAAAUAUACAUAUCUCUUUGUCUCCAAUGGCCUUUUUUCAUUAUAGUUUCUUUCUUGUUUUUUUCUUACUUUCUCAACUCAACUCUUCUCAAUCCACAAUAUCUAUUAAUAACCAGUCGCAGUUCUUCACUCUCAUGAAGAACUCUCUCAAAGGAAGGCCUUUGUCAUAUUGGGACCUCGCCGGAGCAAAACCUUUUUGCAACUUCACCGGAAUUGGCUGCAACGAAAAAGGGUAUGUUGUGAAGAUUGAUUUUUCCGGGUAUGCACUCUCUGGCCGAUUCCCUCAAAACGUGUGCUCGUACCUCCCUGAGCUCCGUGUUCUUCGUCUUGGCCACAACAACCUCCAUGGCGAUUUUCCUGAUGGUCUUACCAGCUGUUCUCUCUUGGAAGAACUCAACUUGAGCUCUGCUUACCUUACAGGAACACUCCCGGAUUUUUCUCCAAUGAUGUCUCUCCGGUUUCUUGACCUCUCAUACAAUCUUUUCAGCGGUGAUUUCCCAAUUUCUAUCACCAAUCUCACCAGUCUUGAGACACUGAAUUUCAAUGAAAAUAGAGGUUUCAACUUAUGGCAACUUCCGGAGAAUAUUUCAAUGCUGACAAAGCUCAAUUCUAUGGUCUUGACAACGUGCAAGAUACGCGGUUUUAUCCCAAGAUCAAUAGGAAACAUGACAUCACUCGUUGAUCUUGAAUUGAGCGGAAACUUCCUUGUGGGUCAGAUUCCAGCAGAGCUUGGGUUGCUAAAGAAUUUGCAACUGCUCGAGCUUUUCUAUAAUCAACUUGAUGGUGAAAUACCAGAGGAGCUUGGAAAUCUCAUGGAACUCAGAGACUUGGACAUGUCUGUGAACAAGUUAUCUGGGAAAAUCCCAGAAUCUAUUUGUAGGCUUCCAAAGCUCCAAGUCUUGCAGCUUUACAACAACACACUCACUGGAGAUAUCCCCGGUGCGAUUGCAAACUCGACAACCUUGACCAUGUUAUCGCUUUAUGACAAUCUCUUGACAGGACAAGUUCCUCGAGGUCUAGGACGAUCAUCGCCCUUGAUUGUUUUGGAGUUGUCGGAGAAUCGACUAUCUGGAGAUCUGCCAGCAGAGGUGUGCAAUCAAGGUAAAUUGCUAUACUUUCUUGUCCUAGAAAAUAUGUUUUCUGGGAAACUGCCAGAAAGUUAUGCAAGCUGCGAGUCGCUUUUACGGUUUCGAGUUAGUUAUAACAAUUUGGAAGGUCCAAUACCCGAAGGGCUUCUUGCUCUCCCCCAUGUUUCAAUCAUUGAUAUGGCUAACAAUCAUUUGAAUGGAUCGAUUGCCAAGACGAUUGGAAAUGCUAAAAACUUGUCGGAGCUGUUCAUACAGAGCAAUGGGAUUUCAGGUGUCCUGCCUCCAGAAAUCUCUCAGGCUGCCAAUCUGGUGAAAAUUGAUCUCAGCAACAAUCUCUUGUCUGGUCCAAUACCUUCAGAAAUCGGCAGCCUAAGAAAGCUCAAUUUAUUGAUGUUGCAAUGCAACGAGUUCAAUUCUUCCAUCCCCGAUUCACUUUCUUCACUAAAAUCUCUCAAUGUUCUUGAUCUCUCCAACAAUCACUUGACGGGGAGUAUCCCACAGUCUCUCUCCGAAUUGCUACCGAACUCAAUGAACUUUUCUAACAAUCUACUUUUUGGUCCAAUUCCUAUCUCAUUCAUGAAGGGAGGGUUAGUAGAAAGUUUUUCAGGUAAUCCACAUCUCUGUGUUCCAAUUUAUCUUAAUACAUCAGAUACAAAUUUCCCCAUCUGUUCACAAUCCUAUAACCAAAAGAAAAUAAACUCUAUCUGGGUUAUCACAAUUUCAGUGGGGACUGUUAUUGUUGGAAUUGUUUUGUUUCUAAAGCGAUGGUUUAGUAAAGAACAUUCCAUGAUGGAGCACGAUGACACUACCUUGUCAUCAUCAUUUUUCUCAUAUGAUGUAAAAAGCUUCCAUCGAAUAACCUUCAAUCAACGUGACAUCGUUGAAGCCAUGGUUGAUAAGAACAUAGUGGGACAAGGGGGUUCCGGGACAGUUUACAAAAUUGAGUUGAGCAAUGGGGAAAUCGUCGCUGUGAAGAAGCUGUGGAGUCGCAGAACUAAAGAUUAUGCCUCAGAGGAUCAAUUGGUUAUGGAAAAAGAGUUGAAAACAGAGGUUGAGACUCUGGGAAGCAUAAGGCACAAGAACAUCGUGAAGUUGUAUUGCUACUUCUCAAGCUUGGAAUGUAGUUUGUUGGUUUACGAGUACAUGCCCAAUGGAAAUCUUUGGGAUGCGCUUCACAAAUCAAAAAUCAUUUUGGAUUGGCCAACCCGUCAUCAGAUUGCACUGGGGAUUGCUCAGGGUUUGGCCUACCUCCACCAUGAUCUAAAACCAUCCAUCAUUCACAGAGACAUCAAGUCGACCAACAUUCUGUUAGAUAUCAAUUACCAGCCCAAGGUAGCAGACUUUGGUAUAGCAAAAGUUUUGCAAGCAGGAGGGAAAGAUUCCACCACCACUCUCAUUGCAGGCACUUAUGGCUACUUGGCUCCAGAAUAUGCAUACUCUUCUAAGGCAACGACUAAGUGCGAUGUCUAUAGUUUUGGAGUGGUACUUAUGGAGCUAAUAACGGGAAGGAAGCCAGUGGAGGAAGAGUUUGGAGACAGCAAGAAUAUUAUAGAUUGGGUUUCAACCAAAGUGGAGACGAAGGAAGGAACUAUGGAGGCUUUAGACAACCAAUUAUGGGGCUUCAAGUAUGAGAUGAUUAAAGUGCUCAAGAUUGCUAUCCACUGUACAUACAGCACACCAGGCAAUCGCCCAACUAUGAAUGAGGUAGUUCAGCUGCUGAUUGAGGCAGACCCGUGCAGAUUCGAUACUUGCAAAUCAUCGAAUAAGAACAAAGAAACAGCAAAUGUCACUAAGACAAAGAACCCAUAUGAUUUAUAAUUAUAGAAGAGGUUUGGUGGGGUUUAAGGUGGGGUACCAUAGCAUCUAUAGAACAUUUCUAGCUCUCAAAUUAUUGAGAGAUUAAACAAUUUACCCUACUUGUUUUUCUUUGAAAAGUAGUAUAUAGAUUUUUUCUUUUUCUGUUUUUUUCGCUUGACCUAUUGUAAAGUAUUUGAGGAAAUUAAUAAUUAUAAUAUAACUGUUUUAUGAAAACAAAUAGCAUCUGUAUUUUUUGUAGACCCACAAAUGAAUUAAAUCUCAAGCAUUU